AUGAAUCUACAGCCUCUUCACAGCGCCCUUAGAAGCUUUAAUGUACAGGACGGCGCCAGAAUGUCGGGGGUUUAUGAAAUUUGCAGGAAUAAUGAGGUGAAUUUGUUUUAUCAGGUAGUAAAAGUCGGCCAAAGGGACUGCAUGGGGCUACGUUCACACGGCGCAGGAAGAAUUUUCAACCGAUCAAAAAUUCGUGCGGUCAGGUGUUUGGUUCACACCGGAACCAAGCUAACCCGUACAAAAACUUUGAACGGCUAGAUGUUCAAAAAUUGAAUGCUAAAAUCGAGGUCAAAAUUUUAAUCACGGCUUGUCGAAAAUUAAACCGGCGCAAUGUGAACACCAUGACCGACAAAAUUUUGUAGGACAAAUACGACCAGAGUGGUGUGAGCGCCAUAAAGGUGCAUUUCAAUGGAUGCGUAGUAACUCAGCUGGGAGAUAUCAUUUUGGAUUUUCUAAGGAGUAACCUUAUUUACGCAUGAGUAAAUGGUAAACCCUCUUCUGAAAAGUUAAAAUUCAACCUGGUUUGUCAGUUUCGAGAGUGAGCAGAGCAAAAAUAUUGAGUGGUUCCGGUGCCAUUUGAAUGUAGCCUAGAUCUUUAAAAUGAACCAGGAGCCCGUGACUCUUGCUUUCAACUGGAUGUCAACUCUAGUCUCAAAAGUUCUCGGCUCAGGUGUCACAAUUGACAAUAUAGGUGGAAAAGGUUUGGAACGAGAUAGAUCCAAAAUGGCAAUUGAAAAUUUCAAAUACUAUUACACUAAAUUUCAUGUCGUCGUUUGCAACUAAAUAUUAACAGUGUUGCUUAUCUUAGAAGAUCAUCUACAUUGGUGGAAAUCCCUACUUCAGUAACAUCCGAUACUGUCUAAACGCUCAUUUUAGCGGGAAUGAUGGACUUCCCAUCGGCAGAUAUUUGAGUAGUCCAGGAAAACGACGGUGGAGAAAUAUCUCAGUGCGGUGGCUUACUUGUCUGAACCCACCUGAAAUCGUGUAUUAUUUAUUAGAAGAUUAUCAAAUCAGGCACGGACGUUUACCAAUUUACAAUAAUGCUCCUAACCCAGACGCGAGGGACUGGAACUCAGACUGA